AUGGAGAAAACUGAGAGUGAGAAGAAAUCGCCGGUGUCUGACGUCGGAGCAUGGGCUAUGAAUGUAAUCAGCUCCGUCNUACAUAGCAAGCAUUACUGUAAAGAAGUGAAAGCUUCUGUUAUGGUUGUUGUUAUUGGUGUUGGGAUCUGUACUGUCACUGAUGUCAAAGUUAAUGCCAAAGGUUUCAUCUGUGCAUGCACUGCUGUUUUCUCCACAUCUCUCCAGCAGAUUUCAAUAGGUUCUCUGCAAAAGAAGUACUCAGUAGGAUCUUUUGAAUUGCUGAGCAAAACAGCUCCAAUCCAAGCCAUUUCACUUCUCAUCUUUGGCCCCUUUGUUGACUAUUUCUUGAGCGGCAAAUUCAUAUCUACUUACAAGAUGACUUACGGUGCCAUCUUCUGCAUUCUUCUGUCCUGUGCAUUAGCUGUUUUCUGUAACAUAAGUCAGUAUCUCUGCAUCGGAAGAUUCUCAGCUACAUCCUUCCAAGUUCUAGGCCACAUGAAAACAGUCUGCGUCCUCACAUUAGGAUGGCUUCUCUUUGAUUCCGAGAUGACAUUCAAGAACAUCGCCGGGAUGGCCAUAGCUAUUGUUGGGAUGGUGAUCUAUAGUUGGGCGGUUGAUGUAGAGAAACAGAGAAACGCAAAGUCAACGCCACACGGCAAAAACAGUAUGACCGAAGAUGAGAUUAAGCUACUCAAAGAAGGAGUUGAGCAUAUCGACUUGAAAGACGUUGAGCUCGGUGACACUAAACCAUAAAAGUGUGUGGUGCUUAUCAUCCAUUUCAAAUUACACGUUCGAAACUGAUUCUUUAUACAAAUAUUUCCUUUGUGUGCCAUUUUCACUUUGUUCUUUCCACUUUAGAUCAUUUUGGGCCUUUAGAAAGCCCAUAUAUCCUUCUUUCCUUAAAAGUACAAGACCCAUCUUAAAUAGUGAAUGUUCGUUCUAUAAAGUAAUACAGAAAUGUCAACUGAACCA